CCAGCUCCACCGAGACACCCGGAAGGCACGAAAGUCAAUUUGAACGGCAGCAUGAAUCGUUUUAAGACGUCCAAAUUCAAAAACACAACUCCGAAAAUAUCCAAGAAAGAUGAAUGGAUCCACGGUGUUCGUGCAGGUUCCUUCUCCUGCCAGGGGAACCACAUCAAAGCGAGCUCCAAGCUGGUGGCUUUCAACGCCGAGCAGGCUGGUGGAGGAAUGCUGGGCCUGUCUUCAGUCAAACCUGGUUCAGAUGGCCAAUGGACAGUUACCCAGAUCUCCUGCCAUUCAGAUCUGGUGACUGAUAUGGACUUUUCUCCUUUUGAUGAGAGUCUUCUGGCCACAUGCUCUGGAGAUGAAACAGUGAAGCUGUGGCGUUUGUGUGAUCCAGAGCAGCAGCAGCCCAGCAGUCCAGAGCUGACGCUGCAUCCGGGCCACGGCAGGCUGGAGCUGGUGCUCUUCCACCCGACCUCCUCCGGCUUGCUGGCACUCGGCACUGCUAAGACGCCUCUGAUUUGGGACACCAGCCGCCAGGAUGAACCGCUGGCAGCUCUGGAGCAGCACGGUGACCUGGUGCAGAGUCUGAGCUGGAAGCAGGACGGCUCCCUGCUGGCCUCCUCCUGCAAGGACAAGAUGCUGAGAGUGUUUGAUCCCCGAGCCCAGCUGACACCUGUUCAGAGUGCCAAGAGCCUCCAGAGCAACAAGGAUUCUCGCAUCCUGUGGGUCCGAGACGACCGUUUGCUCACCACCGGCUUCGACAUGACGCGCAGUCGUGAGGUGAGGCUGUGGGACAGCAGGAAGCUGAACUCUUCGCUCAGCUCAGCGACGCUCAGCUCCUCCAGCGGGAUGGCGAUGCCGCUGUUUGAUGAAGACACUGGUCUGCUCCUACUGGCCGGCACGGGAGACACUGUGAUCGACUGCUUUGAAGUUUCUUCCUCUGAGCCUUUACUCUCUCAAGUGAGCCACUGUCUGACGGAUCACUUGACGCGAGGGGUUGCAGUGGUACCCAAGCUGGCGCUGGACGUCAUGUCCUGCGAGGUGAUGCGAGUGCUUCAGCUGACCGACAGCUGCAUCGUGCCGAUCAGCUAUCAGGUCCCUCGCAAGCAUUCAGGCCAGGAGUUUCAUGAGGACCUUUACCCAGAUACAGUAGGCACGACUCCAGCCAUGUCUGCUGAGGAGUGGUGGCAGGGAGGAAACCAGCAGGUGGAGAAAGUCAGCCUCCAUCCAGACAAGCAGCCCAAAACAAAGACUCCACCCGCAAAACCAACACCUGCCAAGAAGGAGCUGUCCAGUGACGGGAGCAAGGAGGAUCAGGCUCGGGGUUGCUCCACCUCCAGCAGUCCUCUCAGCACCCCCAGCAGCAUCGCUGUCCCGUCCCGCUCGCCCUCCUCCACCUCCGGAAACUCCUCGGGCUUCAUCCCCAGCCCCAGUCCCAGCCAGAGUGCCAAGGCCAUCCAGAGCAUGCUGGGGCCGUCCUCCAAGUUCCGUCACAUCCAGGGUGCCGUGAUGCACCGCGACACUCACAUCACCAACAUCCGUGGCCUCAAUCUGACCACACCGGGCGAGUGUGACGGCUUCUGUGUCAACCGGCAGCGAGUGGCCGUGCCCCUCGCCAUCUCUGGAGGCCAGAUUGCCGUAUUUGAGCGCUCUCAGCCCGGCAGGCUACCAGACACAGCGCUGCCCACCAUCCAGAACUCUGUUAAUGUGGCUGACUUCUCUUGGGAUCCCUUUGACACCUGCAGGCUGGCUGUCGCUGGUGAUGAUGCUAAGAUCCGGGUUUGGCAGGUACCAGAGGAUGGACUGAAAGAGACUCUAACUGAGCCCGAGCUCAUCUUACAGGGCCACACAGAGAAGAUCUACUCCAUUGAGUUCCACCCGCUGGCCAGUGGACUCCUGGUGUCCUCAUCCUAUGAUCUCUCAGUCCGACUGUGGAGCCUGGAGAGCGGAGAACAGGUCAAGCUUCUCACUGGACACCAGGACCAGGUGUUUGGAAUGGCAUGGAGCCCUGAUGGGAAGCUCCUGGCCACAGUUUGCAAGGACGGGAAAGUUCGCAUCUAUGACCCUCGCAAGUCCACUGAGCCUGUGCAGGAGGGUCCGGGUCCGGACGGCCACCGGGGGGCUCGGGUGGUCUGGGUGUGUGAUGGCAAGUACCUGCUGGUGUCGGGAUUUGACAGUCGCAGUGAGAGAGUCCUGUACCUGUACUCUGCUGACUGUCUGUCCUCUGGGGCCACAGCCAGCACACCUGUGAACGUCUCCCCCUCCACGCUCAUCCCCUUCUACGACCCGGACACCGGCGUCGUCAUCCUCACCGGAAAAGGCGACACCAGAGUGCACAUUUAUGAGCUGACCCCUGAAGAGCCGUACUUUAUUGAAUGCAGCAGUUUUAACUCUCCUGAGCCUCAUAAGGGUUUGGCCUUUCUGCCCAAGACAGAGUGCAACGUUCGUGAUGUGGAGAUAGCUGUGGGUCUAAUGCUAACCAAGACAACCAUAGAGCCAGUGGCCUUCAAAGUGCCACGGGUCAAAAAAGAGUUUUUCCAGGAUGACGUAUACUCAGACACAACGGUUUGGUGGGAACCAGCGCUGACUGCCUCCGCCUGGCUCUCAGGCUCCAACGGCCAACACAAAAAGAUGAGCCUGAAGCCUAAAGACAUGACACCAGUGAGUGAGGCCCCCAAAGAGGCUCCAGUGAGGAAAUACCUGCCCUCAUCUGUUUACCUGGAGGAAAAGACAGAUGAGCAGAAGAAGGAGGAGCUGCUGAGCGCCAUGGUGGCCAAGCUGGGGAACAUGGACGACCCGCUGCCACAGGAUUCCUUCGAGGGCGUCGACGAAGAUGAGUGGGAUGACUAAAGGGGACGCUGUCGUGCCUUUGGUUCGGUUUUGGUGCCAACAGCAGAGAUGAGAAGACAGCCGGAGUGUUGUGUUGCCAUUUGUGUGCGACUGUGCCUCCCAGACAUCCUCUGAUCUUUAUUAACACACAUCUCAGCCCUCUGAAAACACAAUGAAUAACGCACAAUAUGAGAAUCUACAUGGUGUAGGGGGGGUAAAAAUCUUAGUAUCCUUCUGUAAGACCUCCUGCUUUCAGUACUGUAUGUAUGACGGAAAAUCAAAAGCCACACUGUCCCGCUGAUGUUGACUGGAAUCUGGAAUAAGUCUGACUUAGUUUUGUUUUGUUAAUGUAGUCAGAGGAAAUAUGUCACUUCAUUCACGAUAUUAACAAAAAGCUCACCGUUCAAGAAUAUACAACGAUAUUAAUCAGUGCUGAAAUCAUAUAUCAGGAACCCUAUUUUAGGUAAUUUGUGGCUCUUCAAGUCAGUUCAAGGUGAAUAAACCUGCAGGCGAUCGUAGCAAUAAUACUUCUGCAACUGCUCAGUGUUGAAAACAAACCUAAACCUGUUGUCCACCUACAACAACUCAUCAUUCCAAUAACGGAUGAGAAGCUUCUCUUGUCUUCUGUGCUGUGUGGCCACGGUUUGAGACGCACUGGGUCUCCUGAUAUACAGAAACAACUGCCUGUGUCUGCAUAUCAGGACAUCCUGUUGUGAACUCUGAUGUACAAAGUUGUUAUUUGUGUGCACAUUUACCUCCACAGUGGGACCACUGCUUGCUUUUUUUGUACCGGCCAGUCAUACGAGCACGCUCAGUCACAAUGUGUCUUCAAAACAUGUAACAUGGUAAAAAUAAAAACAACAGCUUUUUGAAAAGGUAAACUCAUGCAGCUGUUAAAAAACACUUGUCUUCCUGUUGGUUCAGGUAAAACUCACACGACUACUGUAACGAGUUCAAGCUUCAGCAGCAAAAACCACACUGAGGAUACAACAGGGUCACCAGUGGUCAUGUUUGGACAUGAACUGGAAUUUCUUACGACAUCAUUAAGUUCACUUUUCUUUGUUAGCCAACAUUAGACUAAAAUGCCAUUUUUACUGAAUUCUACGCUGCUGUAUUUGUACCAGUUCGAUUUGAUUAAAUCUUUUGCCAUCCAGGACUAAUCGUAGAAGUAGACAUCAACGAUUGAUAAAAAUGAAACGUUAUUAUGCAUCGAAAGCCAAACCACCUCCUUCUUGACUUUCUAGAGGAGCCUUUGUAUACUUUAAGAUGUUCGUUCCUUUCUUUCUUUUUAUUUACUGGGCAGUUGAGUUUUUAGUUGCGACCCUUGUUGGCGUUCCGACUGUUUCGGGGAUAUUUGUCACUAAAUGAGCUAAUUUUCUUGUCUGAUUUUAACUCGUAGUAAGUAAUCAUGGUGUUAAUUGGACAACAUUGCAGUAUUAAUACACACGUGUGUGGAAGGUGUUGUCGGGGUUUGUGUGACGUAAACUGUGCGGUAUGUGCUCGUGAUUCUCAGAGGCCAUACUUUGUAAGUUUUGGAUUGGGUUAUCUUGCCUUCCAUUGUGUUAAGAAAGAACAUUGUUUUUAUACAGCGUGUAAAGCAUUGUUGUUUUGUUUCUGUCUUACCUCAGUAACGGUUUCAUGGAUUUCUUCAAUAUUGUCUUGCAAUAAACACCUUUUGAACCUGU